ACUUCUUGACUCUGCUGUUCUUUUGUUCUGUAUCAUAACCUCAAUUUCUCACUAUCAAAUUUUUCAAAACGGCAUGAUACGAGACCUUUUAAAAAUUAUAAUCAAUGUGUGUUUAACUUUUUUUAUUGGUAAUUUAAAUUUUUUCGUUGUAUUCAGUUACUGGUUAUUCUUUGGAGAAAGUAUGACAGGCACGAAUAUAAAGCGAAAAGUUCGUCUAGAGAAUAAGAAGAAAAAAAUGGCAGCCCUAUUGGACAUAGCAAAAUUGAAUGAAUAUGAUAGAGCACAAAAAAUGAAAAAUGCUGGCAAGUUGGAACAGACACAACUGGCCACACUGAAGCCUGAAACAGAACCUAGUCCAAAGAGAAUCAAAACAGAAGAGUCCCAAAACAACCAAAAUCAAGAAGAACCUGUCCCUGAGCCUCCACCUCUAAUUGGAGACUUUGGCCCUUCAGGGAAGCCAAAAUUGGUGGGGCAGGAACUCACAGACCUGAAGAAAAUGUUGAGAGAAAAGACACAAUACCUACGCAACUUACCCCAGUUCAGGCUGAGAGAAUUAGGAGAUAAUGCUAGUCUGAAUGUCAGUAUCAAUGACAGGAUACCCAUUUUUUUGUCAGACCUCCAGCACCUGAUUUUGUACUCCCAAAUUGGGGUACAUUCUCCCUAUUCACCUGCCAGGUGGUGUGCCUUAGACAAGUACAGCAGAUUGGUCAAUACUAAUGUGCUGAUAGUGGAGAAUAUUUCUGUUUACAACUUCAUGUCAAAUGAAUGCAUGUUUCCCUUUUUGAGCUCUACAUUUGAACACAAACUUGAAAUGAUUACUCCUGCCUCUUAUAAUAGUGAUAUUGUCAAGGAUUUGUCAAUGGUACCUCUGACUGGUACCCACAUGAGAAAACUCCUCAACAAUUUCGGCACCCUGGAAACCGCCGUCCUCAAAUCCGACGAAAUCUUCGACACCGUGAAAAACUUCUUUCCCAUAGAACAACCCGAAGACGAUGAAACGUCCGGUCGCAACGGCGAAAUCCACCCCAACGACAAGUUUCCCAGGACGCAACUCCUGCUGUCAGGAUGGCAGAUGGUGGAGGAGAACUUCCCUCUGCCCAUAAAAGGGCUGAUGGAGCGCAAGUACCAAGGGUAUACUUUGACGAAGGAGAAGUACAAGAGCGUGACUCCUUUCAGUCCUAUGGUCGCCAUCGAUUGUGAGAUGUGCAGGACGUCUACAGGCGAAUUGGAAUUGACGAGGAUAUCUGCGGUGAACGAGAAGCAAGAGGUGUUCUACGAUACUCUCGUGAAACCGGACAACCAGAUCGUCGACUAUCUGACCAAAUGGUCCGGCAUCAACAAGAAGAUGAUGAAAGACGUCACCAAGAAAUUGAAGGACGUGCAAAACGAUUUGAAGAAGUUGUUACCGGACGAUGCCAUUCUGAUCGGGCAGUCGUUAGAGAAUGAUUUGCAUGCUCUGAAAAUGAUGCAUCCGUAUAUCAUUGAUACGAGUGUCAUCUACAACAUAACCGGCGACAGGUCCCGAAAAACCAAACUGCAAACCCUGGCGAGGGAAUUCCUGCAGGAAAAAAUCCAAGCUGGCCCUGCUGGUCACUGCUCCACCGAGGACAGUACGGCCUGCAUGAAACUAGUCCAGCUGAGGCUGACCAAACAGCUCUAUUUCGGCGACGCGGUCAUGGGCGGCGUGCAAAAUGAACUGAGAACCUACCCUGAGAUGGGCACGUCUCAGUAUGCCACCAGCAUGCUCAGGCAGGCCGUCAAAGUGGACAAGACGGUGAAUGUCGUCGGUUUGGACGAUAUCGGGCUCAAGUACAAGUUUUACGUGGACAAGGGUCAGGAUGUUAGUGUGAAAAAUGUGACGUGCAGUUCGGAGAAGUCGAAUAAGGAGGUUGUCGCGAAGUUUUGCGCGAGUCUGGGCGAGCACUCUUUGAAUAUCGCGCAUUUGAGGGUGGCUGUCAGUCAGCUGGAGGGGAACAACGGGAGGAUACUUAAGAAUGUGGAUAAGUGGGUUAAGGAGGUUUAUGAGAAGACUAGCGGUUCUAGUUUGGUCGUUGUUUUGUUUGGGGGGCAGACAGAAGGGAAUGGGGUUUGUUUCCUCAAAGUCAAAAAGGAGGUUAGGUAGGUGACUUUAUGUCUGGAAGAUACAAGGAUGUUUAUUUUGUAUAUAUGUAUCUCAUGUAAUUUAAAUUAUUUUCCUUUUUUUCUUACAAAAAAUUGUUAAUUUACCAACUAUAAUAUUCGACAAUAUACAUUGACAGUUAU